UAUUGUGUCACAUCAGGAAGUCUUCACGUCCUAAAGCGAUUUUAAGAAAGGUCCCAAUUCCUCAAACCACACUAAUAGUGAAGUGAACUUCCACUGCUGUCUGACAUGAAAAUCCAAAGUGGUCCUAGCUUUGGCGGCGCCCCCCCUCUUUGGGCUCUGACAUCACAGGUCCACCUCCGAGGGCAGCCGGUGGGUCAGCAGCUCGUUCAGGACCACGACAGGAGAACCAGGAACCUUCUGGACCAGCAGCAAACCUUCACCGUCCAUGCCCCCCAACCUCCAGACCGGCCCGAUGGGAACCAGACGCCCAUGGACAUCCUAAAGGUGCAGUCCCACCUGGAGAACCCGUCCAAGUACCACAUCCAGCAGGCUCAGAGGCAGCAGGUGAGGCAGUACCUGUCCACCACGCUGGGCGGUAAAGCCGGCAGCCAGUGUCCGAGCCAGCCGCCCGAACACGGCAUGCCACCCGGGCCCGGCAGCAGCGCCCCCAACAGCCCCAUGGCCCUGCUCACCCUCAGCUCCAACUGCGAGAAAGAGAUGGAUGACGUCAUUGAUGACAUUAUCAGCUUAGAGUCGAGCUACAAUGACGACGUUCUCGGACUUAUGGACCCGGGACUCCAAAUGAACAACCCGCUCCCUGUUUCUGGAAACCUUCUCGAUGUGUACGGCAACCAAGGACUAUCUCUACCAGGCCUCGCCAUCAGCAACUCCUGCCCACCAAACCUCAAAAGGGAAUAUACAGCUCCUGACAUGAAGCAAGUACUGGACAAGUCUGGAUCCUGUGGCCAGUAUGAAAACUAUCAAAGGCCAGAGGGCUUUCCAGUAGAGGCUGAGGUUCGAGCUCUAGCUAAAGAGCGACAGAAAAAGGACAACCAUAAUUUAAUUGAACGAAGGCGGAGGUUUAAUAUCAACGAUCGCAUCAAGGAGCUGGGAACCUUAAUACCGAAGUCUAAUGACCCAGACAUGCGCUGGAAUAAGGGCACCAUUCUGAAAGCCUCGGUGGACUACAUCCGGAAACUACAGCGUGAGCAGCAGAGGGCCAAGGAGCUGGAGUGCAGACAGAGAAAACUGGAGCACGCCAACCGCCACCUGAUGCUUCGUAUACAGGAGUUGGAGAUCCAGGCCCGGGCUCACGGUAUCACAGUGGUGUCCUCUCCAUCCGUCUGUGCAUCAGAGCUCAUGGCCCGAGCCAUAAAACAGGAGCCCGUCCUCGGCGACUGCCCCUCAGAUCUCUACCAACACUCGUCUCCACCUGACAUGUCCCCACCCACCACGCUGGACCUCAACAACGGCACCAUCACCUUCGACCAGAUGCCUGCAGACGGGGACCCCGGCCCCUACAGAACCUCCAGGACCUGUAAAAUGAAGGAGUUGGUAAGGGACAACACCAUGUCACCCAUUUCCCCAAGUGACCCCCUGCUGUCCUCGAUGUCCCCUGAUGGAUCCAAUCACGGCGGCAGUCACCACAGUUCCAGCUCCAGUAUGGAAGACAAGGAGCAGAGCUGUUAGCGGUGUUCGACGCCCUGAACCUGUGACACUCGAUGUGUAGCAGCCCAUCACCCAGGCAUCUACUGUUGUAAAGUGACUUGAAAAAAGCCAAAUAAUCAGGUGGAUGAUGGAAGUGGAGUAAAGUUAUAACACCACUCUUCUGGUCAGUUUGAGAUACAUCUAAGUUAAAGUUAUUCAGAAAAGGAGUAGAAGUCAUUUGCAUCCUCCCCAGUGUUGAGUUAAAAUCCCAUUUACUCCAUUGCACUGAACACAAUUUUCACCCCUUGAUCUGAGUUAAAUCACCUGUUAAAUAAAUAAGAUUAUUAUAUUAUCAUGAUACUUUAUUUAUUGUUAUUUUAUUCACUGAAAGCUCAUUUUGUUUGAGAUUUAUAUCAGUACUAAAAAGAACAUUUCUUGGAGUAAUCAUUCAAAGCAGAAAAAUAUUACAUAUGAUUUACAAUCACAGAUUUGUGCACCAAAGACAAAGUGAUUAGGGAGAAGGAAAUGAAAGUAGGCAGUAUUGGCUAAAUUAACUCUGUGAUCCUUUGCAAGAAUGUUUGUGGUGUUCAACUGGUACCAUAUGAAACAUUUGGAUGAUAUAUUGUAUAUCGGACCUUUUAUAUAAGCUUAUUGCUCUGAUUAUUACACUGUCAUGUAUAUAAACUUCAUUUUAGAAUAUUGUAAAAUAAUGUUAAAAUGUGCUGAAUAUUAAAGAUAUAUGACAUA